AGCUCAAUAUCAAACUGAUUUCAAUGAAUGUCAGCUGGUGUAUGUCAGCCAUUGCUUUUAUAUGCACACAGUACUGGGUUGAAAGACUGCUGAGCUCUCAAUCUGUAUUCAAUGACACGAUACUAAUUAUGUUUAUUCAUCUUAUUUAUGUAGGGUUUUCUUUUUUUAUUUUAUUUUACUUUUCUUACCAUCUAGGUGAUAAACUAUGAGCAGUGGAUUCCACCACGAGUUCACAAUCCAAGUGUGGCUGGUAACAGUGAAAUGGGUACAGAACCAGAUGAUAAAGCAGAGUCCACGGGAACGUUAAAACGGUUGCAGAAACUGGUCCGAACCAAAAAAACAAGUGCACAAAGCUUGGAGGAUGUCAAACACGUUUUGCUCCCCCUCAAUACAUUAGAAGAUGCUUACCUCUCUGAAGAGGAUGAAGAAGCAUUAACUUCUUGCAUGAAACUGACAAAAUCUCAGGAAAAGAAGACCUGGAAAGACAGCAUGAGGAGAAAAGAAGAGACUGAGACUAGGGCAGAUUUUAUUUCUGCAUCUCUGGGCCGGUCAUACACUUCCAGACUUAGUAACUUAGGAACUAUUUCAAUACAUUCGGAAACUGAAUUUCACUUGUGGAGUGACUGGAAACCAUUUCCUGAUAACCAGCUCUGUCCUUGUGACUUCUUGAUUUCAAAAAUAGAAUGGGAAAACUGUACUUGCUCUUCUCAUCAGCCACAUCUUACAUAUUCCUUAACUGAUAUGGAUCUACAGUACUCCUGGCGCACAAGCAGCUUCGGAAGCUUUGACCGUUUCAGGCAUCACUCAACAUCAAAGACAGAUGAUUCAGCUGAGAUAUCUGAGUUGGAGACUAUAAGCGAUGUUGGAGACACAGUACAAACUAAAGCAGCAAAUAAUGGAGGAAGUUUGAGUAAGAAGAUGAGAGCCAUCUCCCUUACCAUGAAGAAGAAGAUGGGUAAAAAGUACAUCAAGGCACUCUCUGAGGAGAUGAAUGAAGAAGGAAAAGACGACAGUGAUCCUGGUGGUGGAGGACACACUGAGAAGGUCUCCCUAAAAGCCAGUGACUCUAUGGAAAGUCUCUAUAGUCUGAACAGUGGCCAGAGCUCAUCUAGUGGGGUGACCAGCUGCUCAGAUGGAACGAGCAACAGGGACAGCCUCCGGUUUGAUGACGAAGUCCCUUACAGCGGGCCCUUCUGCGGUCGAGCCAAAGUUCACACCGACUUCACACCAAGUCCCUAUGACACCGACUCUCUGAAAAUCAAGAAAGGAGACAUUAUAGAUAUCAUCUGUAAAACCCCCAUGGGCAUAUGGACAGGCAUGCUGAACAACAAAGUAGGAAACUUCAAGUUCAUUUACGUGGAUAUUAUCUUGGAAGAGGAAGCUGCACCCAGAAAGAUAAAGCCGCACAGAGGAAGCAAAAGGACCAAGCCUAAAACGUUGCAAGAGCUCAUGGAUUGUGUCCACUUGCAGGAAUAUGCCUCAACCCUCUUGCUAAAUGGCUACGAAACUCUAGAGGACUUAAAGUACCUACAGGAGAGCCACCUGAUUGAAUUAAAUAUUUCAAACCCAGAAGACAGGGCAAGAUUGUUAUCAGCAAUUGAAAAUCUACAGGACUAUGACACUGAACAACCGCAGGAAAGUGAGGGUGGUCAGGAGACGCGGAGCUUAAGCCCUCACCGCGGCUUUGACAAAUCACAGUUAAAUGACUGCCCAAGAGAUUCUGGCUGUUACAUCUCAUCAGAAAAUUCAGAUAAUGGUAAAGAAGAAGUAGACCCAGAAACCCUGUCUGACAUGGUGCAGUCAAUAACACUCACCGAGUCAAACUGAUUCAGUCCUGCUACUUUCUGCAGAUUUUCAGAGAAGACAAUAUCAGAUUUGCUGGUAUGAUGACACAGAAGCAGAACACAAAAUAUUCUCAACACCAAAAAUCUACUUCUCUCUCAUGUAUGAUGCCCUAGACUGUUUAAUAUAUGGACAUUUGAUAGCUAAAUGUUAGCUGAUAAUA